UUUAGUGAAUGGUUAUGUUCGUUCUCGUGAACAGACGUCAAAUGUAAUAAAGUGAAUGAAUGAAAAUAAGUAUAAAAUGAUUACAUAUACAAUAAACUUUUGAAUUGCUUGGGUUUUUUUGGACAACUUAUUUAUUUAUAUUCAAAUAAAAAUGGAAGCUGUGGUUUAUAGUAUCAAAUCGUUGAAUGUAGAACAUUAUUCAUCGUCAAGUAAUUAGUACAACAGUAUUAAUUAUUUUUAAUUAUUGUAAAUAAUUGAAAAGCGAUAAAAGUUAUAAAAUUUUUAACAAUUAAAAGAAAAUGACUCGCAAGUGUGUUUUAUGUAAAGAAACAAACUACAAAAACUCUUACAGUUUUUUCUCGGCGCCAAAAGAUGCAGAGACGCGUAAAAAGUGGCAAGAAGCUAUUGGAAUUGAAAAUUACGUGGUGAAUGAUGAAACUUUUGUAUGCAGUAGGCAUUUUACACCAGGUGAUAUAAUUACACAUUGGGUUAGUGGUGUUCCACCUCAUGUAGUCACUAUUAAAUACAAAAAAUGUCGAUUACGUCCUGGAGCAGUUCCAAGUGUUCAUUGUGAUGUUCCAAUGCAAACAAAAUCAGAUGAAGAAUUACCUGUUUUUGAAUUAAAUCGUAAUUGGGAGGCUGAAGGGAAAUUAGCAUCAUACAUUGAUGCUAACAAUGAACAAGUUUUUAUUAUUCCUCGAGGAGAGUUGAUAACUUAUUCACAUGUGGAUAAUCAUAAAUGUAAACAAGAGAAUACUGAGUUAGUUUACAUAGCAGAGACAAUUGAUGGAGUAACAGAAUCUGUUGAAGGGCAAGAAGAAAUGCUUGUUCUAACUGAUAAUUCAGAACAAGCAUUAACUACCCUUCAAGUAGAAAAUGCAUAUACUGUGGAUGAAAAUGAUAGCACAAUUUAUUUAAAAGCAACUAAUGAUCCUCAAAUCGUUUAUGUUGAAGACAUUAACUAUGGGGCUGAAGAAAGUAGAGAACCUGAUGAAACAAACGAUAACAAAGAGAGUAAUGAAAAUGAAAUCAUUGAAAAUCAUGAAGUUAAUGAAAUUAACGAAAUGAACGAGACUAAUGACAAUAAUACUCAAGAAUCAUUUGAGCCACCUAAAGAUGAUGCAGCACCAAUGUCUGAUGCAGAAUCGAUAGAAGCAUUAUCUUGGGAGUCUAUGGACACAGAUGAUAAAUUGUCCACUAGUGAAAGCUAUGAAAGGAUAUCAAGGCACGAAGACGAUGUUGAUUUACCUGCUGAUGAACCUGAUGAACCAAUGGAAGAAGUAGAUGAAGGACCUGCAAUGUUGUUUGAAGAUCUUUUAGACAUUUACACUGAGGUUUCAUUGCCUCGAGGAUGGUCUUCAAUGGUAAUUCCCGCUGGAAGAGCUACAACAGUUAUAUAUGCCCGUAUGAAUAUGACUCAAACGGGUGUUCCUUACGUACUAAAACAAGUGUUCUUAAAAAGUGACAUGAAUCUUCAAUGUUCUGCUGCAGGAAAUUCUUUACAUCCUCGAGAACAUAAAUUAAUUCCUAAAGGUAAAAGUCUUGUUGUCAAAUCGUUGCGUGAUGUUGAAGAGUUCAUUGAAGAAUUUGAUCAAAAAGUUGUUUGUGAUGGUUUAGAAAAAAUGUCGUCUUCCGAAAUGGAUAGUAAAGUAAUUUAUAGGCAAGACUUUAAAUGGCGACAUGUUGAUUGCCCCAUUAUUGUUCAAAAUGGUGCAGCACGUUGUACCAAGUGUAAUACACUCAAUUUCCAUGCGGCAAGACGUAAGGCUAAAAAAUCGAUUCAGCCUGAUGAAUCUGCAGCACUUUUAAAGAAAGAACGAACAAUUUAUGUUCUUCAAAAAAUGGUUUCUAAGCUUACGAAACAAAACCAAAAAAUUAAUGCAAUAAAAGAUGAUCCUCAGUCUUUAGCAACUUUGGUUGAAACUAUGGAAAUACCAGAAAUACAGAAAUUGAUGAUUAAAGAAUGUUUGACAAAUGCUGAGGAAAAUGCAGAAACAGAUUUCUCUCAGACGUGGAUUUUCUUAUCUCUGUUGAUUUAUAUUGAAUCACCAAGGAUGUACAAAUUUUUAUUAGAUAAUCAAUACAUGUGUUUACCGGAUAUUCAAUUAAUACGCCGAUAUCUUCAUCAUAUUAAGAUAGAUGCACAGUUUUAUAAAUUAUUCCAACGUACUGUUGAACCUUUUCAACAUCAAAAUGUGCCCGAAGAAGAAAAAGAAGUAUCGUGAAUUGUUUUCCAUGAGAUAAACCGUUUUUUAAAAAAAAAAAAAAAA